UUGUGUGAGUUGUUCCUGUGUUUCUGGUGCUCUGAAUCACGCAGAAAUGUGACAGAGCCUUUGGGGAACCCAAGGGCAGGAGCUUCCGUAUUUUACUCUAGCACCCUCAUUAGUGGGCCUCAGAUCCUCCACGCCAUUGAGAUCUGGGUUUUCAUUUCCCAGAGAAGAUGGAAUUAGAGUGAGCAAAGAGUAUCAUCAUGACUUCAAUUCCCAUAAACCUGGGGGCGCCAGUCCCAGAAGAGAAAAAGACCCCAGGGCUUUGGGGCAGUGCUAGUCCUAGGCUAGAAAUGGCCGGUUCCCCACAUCUGAGGCUGUCAGCGGCACCAAGCCGGAAUCCGGGUCCCCAGGACCAAGGAAGGGAGGACACUGAAGGCCAGAAGCCUGAUCCUGGGCUCUGAAAGCCACAGCCUGCGGAUGCCCUUCCCUAGGGUGGACCCUGGAAUAAAGGUCUAGGUAAAGGUCACGCCCCUGUGACGUCAUGGAGAGGUAGGCGGGUCUCCCUUUGUUGCGGCCUAAUCAAAAGCAAGAGUUGAGAUUCUGGGCGGGGCCAAAGAAAGCCCUAGGAAGUACUUUUUUGGAGUUGCCAUCUCCAAAGGGGACUUGCCAGGAGUUCCUGGUGGAACCGGGAGCUCCCGUGACACAUACCAACUCCGAAAAGCUGUCGACUUCACGCAGCCAAACUGUCCCUCACAAAACCUGAGUUACAGUCGUGGGAAAUAUUAAGGCAGAAGGACGCGGCACCGGUUCCUCACAGUCUGAAUGGGAUCCUGAGCGAAUCCUGGGUUUGAGGGCACAGGUCAAGGAUCAAGCACCACCUGCUCUUGACCUGGGUGAGAGGACCCUCCUGGUGUUUCCUCUACUGAGUGCUCUGGCUCAAUGGGGCUGUGUUUUGCCCUCCCAUUGGCUGCACUGGCCAGCUGCCUGCUUCCUGCGGACUGUUGUGUAAUAUGUGACCAGGCAGUCUUGACAGCACUAAAGUCCUUGAAAGAGAAUUACCUACCUGAACACCUGGAUAUCAAGAGUCACAAAACAGUGAUGGAAAGAGCAGAGCAGAUCAUAGUGGAAUUCAAGGAUCUUCCGAUGAAGGAUGGUUCCUUUUUGGGGGCCAUAGAUGAGAAGACACUGGAAAAGGCAUCUCAGAGUGUGGUGAAGGCGAUGAAACACAUCACAGACAGUAAUGUAAAAGGGGACCAAUUUGUGAAGCAGCUAUACCAGAUGUUGGAGAAGGAAAAGGCCAAAUUUGCCCAGUAUGCUGCUCAGUUCCAGAAGAAAGAUUAUUGUCCCAACAAAUGUGGCGUCAUGAUGCAGCGUCUAUUAUGGUGUCCAGAUUGUAACUUGGGGGUUUAUAUUUGCUGGAAGUCCCUGGACUGUGGGCAGCGCCUGGUGAAGAUCCAUGAAAAGGAAAACCUGACCUUGAACUGUCUAUUCGAAUGGCAUCCUCUUUCUGUAGGCCUCACAGACUACCAGUUUUACAGGGUGAGGCCCUUCCAACUCCUUUAACCCUUAAACCCCAAGUCCCUCAGGUGGGUAUGAGCCCUUGGCCCCUGGAUGCCCUGGCCUGCCCCUAGUCCUCA